AUGUCUAACUACAAAGAUUUUGAAAAUAUUCAAACUGAAGAAGAUUAUAUUGGAACAUCUGGUUGUGCUUUUACUUCUGCUUCUAAACAAAGUUCAAGAUUACCAAUUUUUAAAUACAGAAGAAACAUUCUUUAUCUUUUAGAAAAAUAUAGAUGCUUAGUUGUUGUUGGUGAAACAGGUUCAGGAAAAAGUACACAAAUACCACAAUACUUAUAUAAUAGUGGUUGGUGUGAUGAUGGAAGAAUGAUAGGAAUAACACAACCAAGACGUGUUGCUGUUAUGACACUUGCUGGACGUGUAGCUGAAGAAAUGAAUAAAAAUCUUGGUGAUUUGGUUGGAUAUAAAGUUCGUUUUGAAGGUGCAUGUACUGACUCUACAAGAAUCAAAUUUAUGACAGAUGGAGUAAUGUUACGAGAACUUAUAUCAGAUCCUUUACUUGUUAAAUAUUCAAUUAUAAUAAUUGAUGAAGCUCAUGAACGUUCUACUACAACAGAUGUACUUUUAGGUUUGUUACGGAAAGUUAUGGCAGUUAGAAAUGAUUUAAGAAUUAUUGUUUCAAGUGCUACUUUAGAUGCAGAAUUAUUUAAAAAUUUUUUUGAAGAAAAUGAGACAGAUGAUAAAAAUAAGGAUACAGCAACAAUACUUAGUGUUGAAGGAAGAAAUUAUCCAGUAAAUUUAUAUUAUUCAAAAGAACCUGUACCUGAUUAUGUUAUUGCUUCAGUUCGUACAUGUAUAAAUAUUCAUAAAAAUUAUGGUAAUGGUGAUAUAUUAGUUUUUCUUACGGGUAUGGAUGAAGUAAAUGAUGCAAUAGAAUUACUUGAUGAUGAAGCAAAGAGAGCUAGGAUUUCAAAAGAACUUUGGAUUUUAGGAUUAUAUGGAAGUAUGCCAAUAAAUUCACAAAUGUUAGCAUUUGAAACCCCACCUUAUGGAAAACGAAAAAUUGUUUUCACAACAAAUAUUGCUGAAGCUUCUAUUACAAUUCCUGGUGUAUCAUUUGUUGUAGAUUGUGGAUUUGUUCGAACAAGAAUGGUAGUUAAUGUUAAAUCUGGAUUAGAACAACUUGUAACAUUACCAGUAUCAAAAGCAAGUGCUGAACAAAGAGCUGGUAGAGCUGGAAGAAUUGGUGUUGGGAAAUGUUUUCGUUUAUAUACAAAAUCUGAUUUUGAUAAAUUUGAACUUGAUUCAUUACCAGAAAUACAAAGAAUUGAUUUUUCACCUGUUAUUUUAAUGUUGAAAAAUCUUGGUGUUAACAAUAUUGUUCGUUUCAAAUAUAUCUCUCGUCCAAAAGCUGAUUCUGUUGCAGUGGCAUUUUCUCAACUUCACUCACUUGGAGCAGUUGAUGAUUCUGGAAAUUUAACAGAUCCACUUGGUAUAAGAAUGGCAAGAUUACCAUUAUCACCUAUAGAAAGUAAAGUUCUCAUUCAAUCAGGAUCUUUUGAGUGUAGUGAAGAGAUUACUUCUAUAUUAGCUAUGAUUCAAAUUGAAGAACCUUUUACUUUUUUUAAGAAUAAAGGUCAACGAGCAGAAUUAAUUCGAAAAAAAUUUUGUGCCCAAGAAGGAGAUCAUCUAACACUUCUAAAUAUUUAUAUGGCUUUUAUUAAAAGUGGAAAGUCACGAGAUUGGUGUAAUUCAAAUUGUCUAAAUUACAGAGCUUUAAUGAAAGCAACUACAAUAAAAAAUCAAUUAAUUUCAUAUUUAAAAUCUUUUGAUAUACCAGUUGUUUCAUGUCAAGGAUUAAUUGGUGAAACUGAAAGAAUACUUCGAUGUCUUGUUUCUGGAUAUUUUCUUCAAGCUGCCUUCCUAGAUCAUUCUGGUUCUUUUAUUACUGUUAGAGAAAAUGUAUCAAUGAAUGUCUGGGCAGGAUCUUCAAUAGUCUAUAGGGAGAAGCAACCUAAAUGGAUUAUUUUUGGUCGUUGCAUGGCACAAAGUAUUCGAGAUAUUUCAGAGAUUAGUAUGGACUGGCUAAUGGAAACGGGAGUUUUUGAAAAAGAAAGAUAA